UAUCAGUCCUCGCUUCUAUAAAUACCGUACGUCUCGUCUCGUGCCCGAGCUUCGUUUUCAUCUGAUAACUUUACCGAUUCCACAUGCGCGUUCCCGGACCGUAAGGAUGCUACCGGCGGCAAAAUCCGAGAUAGAAAUGCGCGAGGUGGUGCCUCCGAGGAACAUCAUCGUAGACUGUGACGCCGGUAUCGAUGACGCUUUGGCCUUGAUCAUUCUCCUGGCCGGUCACACCGACAAGAGACUGAACGUCAAAGCCAUCACCUGCGUGAACGGUAACACGAAGGUGGACAAUGUCGUGAGAAAUGUGUUCAGAACGCUGCACGCGUGCGAUUGUAUGGAUAUACCUGUUUAUCGUGGAGCGUAUUCGGCUCUGUUGGACACGAAUGCCAAGGAAACUGCAUUGGAACAAUAUCACGUUGAUUAUGAUAACAUAUAAAAUGUAUUCAAAGGACAAGGAAACAUAACUGCGCAGGCGGAAUUUAAUUUCUAUGUGGAUCCGGAGAGCGUGCACAUCGUGCUCAGCAGCAACACCAAACCUUUGUGGUUGCUACCAUGGGAAUCUUGCUUGGAGACUAGAAUUACACACGAGUGGCGAAGAGAUGUAUUCGGCAAGUUAGAUAAGCCCUGUGUGCACAUGAUGAACGUAAUUGAGGAUAGCAGACGCGAACAAGCGAAGAAGCAUUUUCCUUAUUACACUAUGUGUGAUGCAUUCUUAGCCGGGAUCGUGGUGAUCCCUCAUAUGGCCAAGAAUGUUGUUGCAUGGCAUGCGGAUAUCGAAUUAAGUGGCAACAAAACCCGGGGCCAAGUUGUCCUCGAUCAUCUGUUGUCGAAUAAGCCGAAUGUGUAUUUGAUACACAGCUUUAAUUCGGAGAUCUUUAAGAAGAUAUUACUAGACGCGGCGAACGCAAUUCGUGAUUAUCGGUGUGUGUGAUUAUCUUAUGUAUUUGCAAAAUGUAGCUAUCAUUAUGGCAAAUAAAAACAAAUAUUAUAUUGUUUA